GUAUAUAAAUCGUAGUAUCCAGAUGGGACCACAAGUUCCAUAGAACACAUCGUACGACAAUGUUGACCAAGUGUUUGCUGGCUUUCAUCUUCGCCUUCCAGGCCUGCUGGGCUGUCCCAACUGGCCUGAACCCCCGUAUCACCGACGGUGUCGACGCCGCACCCGGUGAGUUCCCGUACCAGGUCUCCAUCGAAUGGGGAAUCCCAUCACUUAAGCCCUACUCUCAUGCUUGCGGUGGUUCCAUCCUGAACGAGAACUACGUCCUCACUGCUGGACACUGUAUCCUCAAGGUUGGAAAGCUCCGUGUGGUCGCUGGCAAAUUCUACUUGAACAAGGCUGAAGACAGCAACCAGGUCGUCAACGUUGCCAAAGCUACCGUACACAGCGGAUACAAAGGCGGCGUCGCCCAACACGACAUUGCCCUGUUGAAAUUGGAGACACCCUUGAAAUUGAACAAGUUGGUUGCGCCCAUCAAGUUGCCCGCUCAAGGCCAGAAGCAAACCGGACAGGCUGUCCUUUCUGGAUGGGGCUCCGUCUCUAAGAGCACGAAACUUCAACUGCCCAGUCUCCUCCAGAAAGCCAACGUACCCAUCCUUGGAAACGACGAAUGCUACAAAGAACUCACCUCCCAGCCUACAUCUGGCGAACAACCUGAACUCUUCGAGACCCAGGUCUGCAGCGGAACCGCUGACAAAGAAGUCUCUGCCUGCUCCGGUGACUCUGGUGGCCCACUCGCCCAAGGACAAGGUGCCGAAGCCGUCCAAGUUGGUAUCGUCUCUUGGGGCAUGAUGCCAUGUGGUGUCAGCCACAUGCCAUCCGUCUACACGCGCGUCGCCUCCUACGUCAGCUGGAUUAACGAGCACAUGAGGAUCCAUGCCAGAAAUCUGCAUCAAAUCACCACGAUGUCUCUGCAGUUCAUUGUCUCAGUCCUCCUUUUGGCGACUGCCGCCUCCGCAACGAGACCCUACAGAGGUCUCACGUUGUUCGACUUGAAUCCUCGUGUGGUUGGAGGAGCGGAGGCCAAACCAGGCCAAUUCCCAUGGCAAGUGUCCCUGCAAUGGGGUUUCUCCGCCUCAACCUCCCAUUUCUGCGGUGGUUCCAUCAUUGACGCCCAAUGGAUCGUCACAGCUGGUCACUGUGUGCAAGCGGUUCCAAGUUUUGGUCGGCUCGUGGUCAAGGCAGGCAAACACAGUUUGAGAUCUGCCGAAUCUGCCGAGCAGACAGUGACGGUUGUGAAGACCUUCGUUCAUGAGAAAUACCCUGGUGACGUCGCUCCCAACGACAUCGGCCUUCUGAAGCUCGAGAAGCCUCUGACCCUGAACAACAACGUCCAAGCCAUCAGCUUGCCAGUUGCAGGAAGCUUACCGUCCGGAAGUGCCCUCUUGUCUGGUUGGGGAUCCACGUCAAGAACGAACAGCCCCGUCAUGCCUGACAAACUCCAGUACGCAUCCUUGCCAUUGAUCGACUACGAAGCCUGCAAGAAAGCCAUCGAAGAACUGACUGGACCGUCUCCAUUGGACCCGGUCAACGUUUGCAGCGGCCCUCUCACUGGCGGAUACUCCGCUUGCAGCGGUGACUCCGGCGGCCCACUGGUUCUCAACAACAAAGGCAAGAACGAGCUGAUUGGAAUCGUUUCAUGGGGCAUCAUGCCAUGCGGCACUGUCGGCGCACCGUCAGUGUACACUAGAACAUCUGCAUUCAACGCAUGGAUCCUGGAGAAGAUAGCUAAGAACUGAGCCUCUCGAUGGAACACGCUCUACGUGUACCUAAGUUUAUCCGAUAUUCCUA